AUGGCUACCUCCACUCCACCAGAGGAUCUCCAAGCAGUCCGUCAAAAUGACUACCUCAAGUUCAAACGCUAUGCCGCCUGGACCUUCCUCAUCGCUCCCCCCAUUCUCAUCGCUCUUCCUCCCCGCAAACUCGACUUGAAUACCGCCGCUCUCUCCGCUGCCUUUGCCAUGUCCGCCAACUAUCUCUACAAGGACAGCAACCCGCACGGACGGGGAUUGCUUGAAGAUCUCGGUGUUAAAUAUCUCGGAGCAUCGCCGGUCUCAACUCAGUCGACUUCAUCCCGCGACGGGAUCACGAAUUUAUUCAAUACACUACCUACCGAAAAGGCAGAAAAAGUCCAAGCACAAUUGCGCGCGGCCAAAGAGUCCUCGAUCAAUACACAAGAAGAAUUGGAAAAAUAUCAGUCUACAAAGAGAUUCGAGGACAGAUCAAUACCGGGAAAGAUUUGGAUGGGAUCGGAGGCAGAAAAUUGGAAAGAGAAAAGGCUACGUGAAGAGCAGGAGGCCUUGGAUGAGGGGAAGGGGUAUGGCGAUCUGAUUAUGGAUCAUAUUUGGGAGGUGUGGAAUUGGGGAAAGCCGAAUGAUCAGAAGAAGAGGGAUGAAUUGAAAGAUAAAAAGGAGGGUUCGUCAUAG